CCCGCACCCGAGCCUUCCGGUCAGCUCGCCCGGCUCGCUGUGUGACCCCCGCGGCAGCCAAUCAACAGGAGAAGUUCGCCUUGCCCCUCCCCUCCGCUAGCCAGGGAAACCAAUCCUAUUUCAAGAGAGGCAGGACGCGCCAAGUCCCGAAAGAGGAGCGGGGGGAAAAAGUGCGGUUGGCAGUCCAGUAAUGUAAAACUGCCGAGGGGGGAUUCCAAAGGCGGUGACAGCCUCAGUAGUUGCGCCGCGGCCCGGGGGAGCGAACGGGUCCGGAGGAACGCACUGGGAACUGUUUAUAGUCCUGUCAAAACUGCGCAGAGAGGGGAGGUAGAGGCCUGAGGGUUCGGAGGAGACUCGAGCAGCUCCGCCGCUUAGCUUUAGGCGUUAACCCCAGUCAGCAGGUUAAAGUGAACUCGCCGUGGUGUUCAGGACCCUCCGCGAUCUGGUCUGUCAUCACCGCAUAUUCUCGCAGCAGAUACUUUCUUACCCCAACAUGUUGGGCAAUUUUCACUCUUCUGAGCCACUGUACAUGUUCUUGCUGCAACCUGUAAUGACUUUCCCUACCCUGUUGCCUUGCCUGUCUGAAGAACCUAGAAUAUCUGGCGAAUCUGUUACGCUACAGUCUGCCCUACAGAGCCCGGUUCCAAAAAACAUCCGCUGAUGUGUUAUGAGCUGCGUCCCCACCCUGCUGUUCACAGUUCAGGGUGCACCAAGCUCCUGCUCCAGGGCUGCUUGGAUGAUGGCACGCUGAGCAGCAUCCCUGGAGCCUGGGUCCUCAUGGCAUCCCAGGACAAAGAUGAGGAGUCGCCACCUCCCUGGGCCUCCCAGACAGGGCCCUGGGAUGCCAUCCUUGAGGCCGUCAGGGAGCAGCUCCCAUCUCUAGACUCCGAUUCCUCCUUGUCGGACUGCGAGGCAGAGGAGCUGUUCAUCUUCCAGCGAGAUCACACUGCCCUGAUCCCAGACCUGUCGGAGGAGCUGGCCGAAGACCCUGCCGGGGCCUGGCUUGCUACGGUUGAUGGGUCUUCUGAGCCAGGUGCAGUGCCUGUGGAACCCAGCACAGAACCCUGGAGAGAGUGGGGCCCAAGGACAGAGGCUUCUGCCUCUCUGCAAGGUGGAGACCCUGGCGGGCCUAUAGACAGCUGUGGGGAAACCAGUUCUCUUCUCAGGGUGCCCAAGGACACCCCCAAGUGGCAGGAAGACAACCAUGGGGCUGUGUCCCUCAGCACCCAGGGUCCUCACCAGGGGCCGCAGGAGGAAGCCACCCUGUCCCCCUGGGAAGGUGACCUGAAAGCAGAGCCCCUGAGCGCUGCCUCACAAACCGGUUGGGCCGCAGACUAUGCAGACCGCAGAGCCCUCCGAAAGGAGAGAAGGAAGAUGAUUGAGAAGGACAUACUCCAUAAAGUCACCUGGGAUGCCCAGGACCCAGCCUGCAGUGACCAAAGUCAAGUGGAAGAGGCACCCUGUGCAGCGGCAGUGGCAGUUCCAAGACCAGAGACGCCACCAGAGGGGCCCCGGGAAGGAUGGCUGGUGCUCUCCCUCAAGCAACUUGAAGAGUGGGAUUUGGAUCACAUCCUUCAAAGUCUGGCAGGGCGAGAAGAUGACAGGGGAGAUCGCGCACCUGGAGCUACGUGGUGGGCAGCUGACCGCCUGGGCCGAGACCACACCCUGCUCAACACCCAGGACAGGCUCUUGGAACGGCUCGCCCUCCUGGGUGCCACACAAUCCAGAGCCUCUUCUGCCUGGAAGGCACCUGCUGACACGCCCCAGGACACCAAGCAGCGGGAGACCAGCAGCAGAACUGCUCGGAUGGAGCCGGGCUUCCAGGCUGAGCUGGGCCUAAGGCUGGCCAGCGGCCUGCAGCUAAGGGGCCCAGCAGAGCCUCCUACUGUCUUCAUUGAUUUGCGGCCCACGGAGCCAUCGGACCUUGGGUCUUCAGAAAGCUCCAGCUCCUCUGACAGCGAGGAGGAGGAAGAGACAGCGGCUCUUGGAGACCAACAGGGACCAGCAGAGCAGGAGCGUCAUUCCUCCCAGGGGCUACGGGACUGUACUGGGAAGAGUCAGCUUCUCCAGCAGCUCAGGGCAUUUCGGAAGGGGACAGCUCAGCCCAAUCUGCCAGCCACUGAGGGUCCCGGUGGCCAGAAGGCUCAAGUCCUUGAAGAUACAGCCAGCUCCAGAACUGGGAGGAAGCAACAUGUGACACACCGGGCUGAGAAGCAGAGCACCCAGACCAGAGCAAAGAUGCUAAAUUUGUACACAGAGCGUGAUGACAACUCCUUUGAAAAGCGUCUGGAGGGAGACUCCGCAGACAGUAGUCUGUGCGGAUGGAGGGGCUGUCCAGCCUGUUCACUGCUCCUGCAGUCUUCUCUUUAAGGUGCAUCUGUUGUUUUCCAUCAUACGAGGUCUUUUUUAAAAUUAAAACUGCAAUAAAACAUAUUUAGAGAA